AUGGUGUUAUUAGCAACAAACAAAUGGCCAACGCAUGUUAAUAAUAUACCAAUUAGAAUUACCAAACCGAAAUAUAUUCCGAACUGCUUCGCUCUAGUAGUUCGGUACGUACCAAGUGACAUGGAACCGGAACUAGUAAAAGAAGAAAUUAAACGUACAAUUGCAUCAGCUAAUAAUAUAAAACUAAUACACUAUUCAUACGAACGAAAAUCCAACGAUUUUAAAUUCACUAUAAUGGACUUAAAUGAAUAUAAUACAGCUCUUGAACUUGGUCGCAUCUCGAUUUGUAAUCGUUGGCUUACAAUCACUCCCUUUCUAACGGGAUACCGUAUGACAUUUUGCUCUAAAUGCUGGAAAAUAGGUCAUGUACGUGAUCAAUGUAAAGCUAGUUUACAACGCUGUCGAGUCUGUCUUGAUGAAAUAUCAAAAAAAGAAGAACACACUUGUACUAAAAGACAAAAAUGUGCACAAUGUGGUGGUGAACACCACUCGCUUCAGAGUAUAUGUCAUGUCAUACAACAAUAUCGAUCGGAUNUGCUCGAUCUCCGCUACAAGAAUAUAUAA